AGUUAAGAUACUAAUAAAUAAGGUAAUGUUUUAAAGUAAAGAAAGAAGAUGAGUUCGAUCUUUCAUCAAGAGGAACACCGAUAAUAUCCUCGUGGAUAUUAUUCUUCAAACGAUUUCGCGAGUUUGCGUUCUUCUCGACUUUCCCCACUCGCGGCCAAGUGUUUUCACUUCUUUACUAGUGUUCCCGGUUAGUGCCGAUCCAAACAUCGCAGCAUAGCAAACUUGACGAUCGCGAGAGACUUUUCCUCGAUGUUCACAGUGUCAACUUGGAAUAAUAUAAACUUUCAAAGGGAAAUUAAUUGAAAAAUAACGAGAAUCUUUUAAGAAGAAUAACAAUGUGGAAGAUAAUAAGAACGAUUGUUACAAUUUGCCUGUUAAUGAUCGUAAUCACUCAUGCGAAGCCAACAAUUUACAAGAGAAAUCAGGACAACGUUUUUGAACCAGUAAUGAUACCCGUGUCUUCUACCGUGAUCCCUAUACCAGUUUAUAAGGUUGAAUAUGGAUUAGGUUUUAUAUCCAAGGAUAAAAAAGCUCAAUCUUCGUUCAAACCGGAUGGCACCGUUAAAUUAAUCACGAUUAAAAAAAGUCAAGAAAAAAAAAUUUAAAUGGAUCAAUUCG